AUGGCCUACGAAAAGCCCAAGAAAGGAGUCAAGACUGAGAACAACGUUCAUAUGAAUUUGAAGGUGGCGAGGCAGGAUGGUUCUAUGGUGCAGUUUAAGAUUAAGUGGCAUACACCACUUAGUAAACUAAGAAAGCCUAUUGUUAAUGACAGGUUGGAAAUGGAGGAUGAAGAUACAAUUGAUGUGUUCCAAGAGCAGACAGGAGGUGUCUACUAA